UCUUAAUGAACAAAGUCAAUAAAUAUGUUGUAAUUGGACGUCAAAACUAACUACCGUCUUUCAAUAUUGGGGUCUCCCGGCUUCUGCAGUAGUCUCCUAGAGUCUACAAACUGAAUCAAACAUGCUUUCAAGAUCUAAAGUUUUUGUUGAUACCAUCAAUGGAGUCUUCAACGAACGCACUGAUUUUCCUAUUCCCACUACUAUUCCCAUUACCAUUAGCAUCUUUAAAGUGCCCACCUCUCUAACUCAAGCCAACCCCGAAGCUUAUGUACCAAAACUGCUGGGGUUGGGUGCCAUCCAUCACUUGAGGCCUGAGCAUGAACAGAUGCAAAUGUACAAAGCCAUGGUGGCCAAAACAAUCCAUGGGAAAUUCCAACCCCUCGACUUUAAAAAGCUUAUCGAUCUUGUUAAAAGGAUAGCAGUUCCCUCUGUUCGUGCUUCUUAUAACAUGUACUUGGAGUUAACAGACGAUGCUCUUGCUUGUAUUAUGGCCUUGGAUGGUUUGUUUUUGCUCGAUUUACUUUGCUGUUAUGGUGGAAUCGAGAAAGAAGAUGAUGUAUACAAAACGUAUUUGAGUGAACUGAUGAACGACUCUUCUGGGAGGAGAAUGGCCCAAGAAAGGAUACUUAGAGAAGCUAUGAUGCUUGAGAACCAGAUACCAAUCCUCGUGCUGUGGGCUAUCUUGAUCAUUGAGUUGUCAGAUUUUGAAAUGGUGAGGGAACUUUUACCAAAAAUCUUGGUGGGUUUUUGCAAACAUGUCUCGCCUUUUGACACAGUGCCUGAUUACCCACCUUUCAAGACUUUAACGCAUGCCCAUUCGUUGGAUCUUCUUUACCAUUUGAUCAUGCUCGAAGCAUCUCCGAAAGUUAAUGAUUCGGUAGAAGAUUUGGGAUUUCGAGAUAUAAUAAUACUUUACAACAAAGUGAAGCGUGAAAUCCAAAAAACUGCAAGCCAUCGAACAUUUACUGAAGCAUCGACAGAAAUUACUUCUUAUGGUUCCCAGCUAAUGUAUAGUAACCAGGAUCUUGUCGAACAGGGCAUCGUCGCGGUACUGGCUAUAGCGCCAUCACCACUUGCAGGACCCAUAACACUCGUACAAGGUUUGUUGAAGCUGCCGUGGUCAAAACUUUGGUCGAAUGUAUCUUCUGCUGUGACAAAACAACCCUUAGAAGAGGAAACCUUAGUUCCAAGAGCCUCGGAGUUGCAUAAAGCCGGAGUAAAAUUCGUACCAGCUCACAUCAAAAGCAUCCGAUUCGACUCAAAAAGUGUCUCCUUUCACCUACCCUCCAUCAAACUUAGUGGGAAUUCAGAAGUUAUAAUCAGAAACUUGGUUGCAUACGAGGCUGCCCUGAUCAAUUACGAGACAGAUAAGCCGCUGAUUCUAACGAGGUAUGUUGAAAUAAUGAGUGACCUUAUAAGGAGUUGUGAGGAUGUUAAGGUGCUCAAGGAUGAUGGGAUUAUUAAAAUGGAUAAGUCUAUCAAUGAAAUACAAGUGGCGAAAGUUUUCAAUGGGAUGACUAAUUAUAAGUCCAUACAGUACUCAACAAAUACGGAAACCAUAGACAGAGAAUUGGAAAGCGUCAAGAGUUACUACAAUGGUUUGUGGAAGGUAUCAACAACUAGAUUCAUCAAAAAGGGGAGGUGGAUUGCUGGGAAUUGGUGCAAAGUUUUAGCCGUUGUGGUGCUGUUAUUGCUGAUGGGAAUUCAAACUUUUUGCUCAGUCUAUGAAUGUCAUCGUUUAUCGUUUAACACCAACAAUGAUUCUCAGUCUCUGCAGGGCUUGAGAGUACUUUCCUUGAAGUCUAAUGUGUAGCUUAUGUUUUAAGAGUAUUGCUGGGCGACUUGAUAUUGAUAUGUCAUAUUUUUGUAGUGAACUUAGCAUUUCUCUAUCUUUAAAUGUGAGUUAUAUUUAUC